CGUUUCCGUCACGAUAUUUCAGAAGUUUAAGCUCAGUCGUGAAGCUUUUGGCUCACUAGGACUAUUGAUAAACGAGAAUUUCUGCAAGAAAGAGCGCAUAACUUUCUCCGCUGAAAGAUAUUUACCACGAUAAAGACUGGACGGACGUCGAGACAUAGGACUAAGCAGUAUCGUAAAGACAAGAUAUCAUUACUGGGAUGGAUCUGAAACCUGGCGGGAAAUAUACCAUCAUUCUCUUAUGGUUAACAUUCGGAUUUAAGCAAUAUUCUGUGGAUGCUUGUGGUCCCGCUGUGAUUCCAGUAAUUGUGGUUGGUGCUAUUCUUUUGUCAGAUAACUGUGGACCAGGACCCGAGCCAAGAGAUGGCGGUUGGAGUUCCUUGGAGCCAAGCAGCUGGGAUGACACUCCUUGUUGUAAUGGGUUAUUGACCAGAAAACGAAAUUGUGACAAUCCAUCCCCGGCCCAUGGUGGAGCUGAUUGUCAGGGGAGUUCUACGAAGACGAGAGACUGCGAUGAGUGUAUCCGUGGAUUGGACGGAUGUCAGCAUGAUUGUCACAAUCACGAUCAUACAGUCAGUCCACUCACUUUCGUUUGUUCUUGCAAAAGAGGCUUUAGACUUUCGGCGGAAGACUCAAAGAGCUGCGAGAGGAAAGGGUGCGAAAGACUGACCGGACCAGAUAACGGUAAAAUUACUCCUUCUAAAUGUAAGUCCAAUCCACUGCAUGGUGAUAUAUGCCUUCGAACAUGUGAUCGAGGUUAUGAACCCAUUGGAUCUGGGCUCAUAAGUUGUGACGAUGGAAAAUGGAGCGAUAUUGCCGGAUUUCAGUGUAAAGUGCGUGAAUGUCAACCCUUAAGCGAGCUGGACAAUGGUCAAAUAACUCCGCCAAUAUGUAACACAAAACCUCUUCAUGGUCAAACAUGUGACUACGAAUGUGCCUCAGGUUACAAGGUUAAUGGCCAUAACUCAAACGAAUGUGACAAUGGGCACUGGAAAUAUGCCCAGUCUAAUUGUGAAGAUAUUGAAAUUCCCUCAUUUGGUGAGACUUGUCCAUCAGAAACAAAGAAUUAUAUCGCCGAAGAAGGAAGAAUCACUGUUACGCUUGACUUAGAGCUAAUUAAACCUAUGGCCACUGACAACUCGGGUGAAGUUAUUUCAUCGUCUUACCCCCAAUUGACUUCGCCACACACAUUUUCCGAGGGAAUCACCACUGUGAUUUACGUAGCAGAGGAUCCAACAGGAAACAAAGCAUACUGCAACUUUAAAAUCUCUGUUCAAGCUCUUCGGUGUUCCGUUUUGCCUGCACCUGAAAAUGGGAAGUUUGAAAAUGGUACUUGCGGAAAUGUUUAUGGCAGUUCCUGUCGCUUUGCCUGCAACAAAGGAUACAGAUUAACUGGGUCUGUGGAACGAAAGUGUGACAAGAAGUCAGGCACAAAUGAGGUGUACUGGAAAGGAAAUGAAACUUCUUGUGAGAUUGUUCGAUGUCCUAGCCUUAUGCCAUCACCUAACACGACAAAGUCUGGUCUUGGUUGCAACGAUUCCACGCCCGGCUACAACACAAACUGUUUCUUCCAUUGUAAUCGUGGAUUUGAAGCUGAAAAAGGAUCGAAGAGAGUAACUUGUAAGGAGACUGGGCUGUGGGAUGGAGAUCCUCUUCAGUGCAAUGCUAUCACCUGCGAAUCAUUGAAAAUUGGUUCCGUGGAGGGGUUGGAAGUAACACCUCGUUCUUGUAUUAAUUCCAACCGCACUAUUCCCUACGGAACACUAUGCGUAUUUGAAUGCAGAGAUGGUUAUCAAUUGAAGGGACCUGUAGUGAAGUCAUGCACUCAAUCCAAGAUUCUGGAGCCAUCAGAGGGAAAUCCUUCGUGUGAAGACGUUUCAGCGCCAGUGUUCAUAAACUGUUCAAAUACCAUUGAGGUAUAUGCUGACAAAGGCAAAACAUCAGCAAUAGUAGACUGGCCCCGCCCGACUGCAACAGACAACUCAGGCUUCGAGCCAAACGUAAUUCUCCCCGAUAAACAACCAGGUGCAGAAUUUUCCUCUGGGGUGCACGUGAUCAUUUACAAAGCGGAAGAUAAAAAAGGAAAUCUUGCCGAAUGCAGGUUCAAAGUGAUCGUUUCAGUUAUUAGAUGCUUACCUCCACUUCAUAAUCCUCCUGGCGGACGCGUAAGUUGCAAUCCUCGCGACAACCGAUACGGAUCAAAUUGCUCGUAUGUUUGUCACCUUGGCUACAACAGGGUAGGCUCUAGUCACAGAGUCUGCGAGAAAAAUGCAUCGACGUCCGUUGGAUUUUGGACAGGAUUCGACACAAAGUGUGAAUUGGGUAGGUGUUUACCGCCGCCCUUCCCUGAACAUAGUCGACGACAUGGUUGUGGAGGUGGGCCUUUAAACAACUAUUACGGCGACAAAUGUUCUUUCUAUUGUACUCCCGGGUACCGGCGCGUCAAUGGAUCCACUGAAAGAAUCUGUCAAGCUAAUGGUACAUGGUCAGGAGAAGAAAUUAAAUGUGAAGUUGUUCGUUGUUCAUCCUUGAAACCUCCUAAGGAUGGCAACUUAACGCCUAGUGAUUGCGAAAAGUCUCCCGUGUAUUAUACCUCAUGCAAAUUAACUUGCCCCAAAGGAUAUAUUUUGCGCGGGUAUCCAAUGACGACAUGUACCGGAAAUGGGAUGUGGUCCAAAAAUAUCUCUGCUGCAUACUGUGAAGAUGUUGAAUCGCCUUCUUUCGGCUUAACAUGUCCAAAAGAUGUUAAAAAGUACGCAGACAAGGCAAAGAACUAUACAAAGAUAACUUGGCCUCUUGUGGAGGCUAUUGACAACUCUGGGAUAAUUCCCGUUGUCAUGAUAUCUGGUAAAAGGAGUAUAUACUAUGAGGGAAGACACGAGAUCGUUUAUAACGCUACUGAUAACACAGGAAACUACAAAAUCUGCAAAUUUUACGUAACCGUUGAAGUGCUGCUCUGCCGAAAUCUCCUCCCACCAUCAUACGGUUUCUUCCUUGAGGAAUGUCGCAACACGUACGGAUCGACAUGCAGGAUAGGUUGCAUGGAUGGAUUCAAUUUGCAUGGGUCAGGAAACAUCUCCUGCCUACAUAGACCGGGUCAUCUUACAGGAUACUGGGAUAACACUACUCCAGUGUGUAAAGUGCGGUCGUGUAAUUCACUGAGUGACCCACAACAUGGCGUCAUUUAUCCUCACAUGUGCAAGUCUUAUCCGGUCAGUGGAACGUUGUGUAAGUUUGAAUGCAAGCCCGGUUACCAAGACAAUGGAGGUAUGACCGAGAUGCAUUGUGGAAAUGAUGGACAGUGGAACAGAACCGAAUCUCUCCUAGAGUGCUCUGACGUAUCUCCUCCUGAAUUCAUUCGAUGUCCAUCAGAUAUUCGUGCAAAUAUUGACGGAAAUUCCACAGCAUUAGUUAACUGGACGAAACCUAUUGCACAUGACAACAGCAAUGUAGGGCUGAAUAUUACAGUUAUACCAUCUGGAAUUAGCCCACCCCAUGCGUUCAAUGAAACAACGCUUGUUUCCUAUACAGCCACAGACGCUAAUGGAAACACGGACGACUGUUCCUUCAAAGUUAUACUGGAAGAUAAUGAAGGUCCUUUUGUUAUUUAUUGCCCUCCUGAUCAACAUAUAACUGCAACACAGAUGAGAACGGUGGUGACUUGGAAUGAACCACAAUUUGACGAUAAUAGCAACAGUCCAUUAGUGAUUAAUUGCAAUCGAGAGAGUGGAGAUGAGUUUUAUUGGGGAACCUGGAAUGUGCACUGUACUGCCUAUGACAACAAUCCAAACAACGACCCAGCUGUCUGUCAAUUUAAACUAAUAGUAAAACCGACAGAGUGCCCAAAACUAAAUACUCCUUUGAAUGGUGCCAAAGCCUGCGAUGACUGGAUGUUUGGUUCUUUUUGUUCACCAUUUUGCAAUAAUAAGUCUGAUUUUGCACAGCAGCUUCUAUCAAGUAUGUGGGUUUGCGGAUCAAAGGGGACGUGGGCUCCAACGAGCUUCUUGCCGGACUGCACAGAAGUGUACCGUACGGGAGAGACAAGAAUGGGAGGUUCUUUGCACUAUUUUUACGGUGAUUGCAGUUCGCCUGAGGCCCAACAACAGAUAAAAGAAAAUUUCAUCAGGCUUCUGAACGAGUCCUAUUUUAGCACAGUUUGUCAAGACGAGGCGCUGAGAGAAAAAUGCAAAGCAGAGAAUGUUGUAGUCACUUGCGGUAACGUCACAAGAAGAAGACGUUCAGCAGACGAGGAUGUUCCACGGAGCCGACAUCGACGAUCAAUUCCGCUCACAGAAAUUACUUUUGAGAUUGUUGUUGGCCUCGACAAAAUUAAAACGGAGGACACCAAAGAGAGUAAGAUAAAGGUAGGAGAGGAAGGAUUAAAGAUCGCAAAGAAAAUUGGCGAAGAGAUGAAGCGUGCGGUGGAUAACGGCAGUCUGACUUUAACCAUCAAUGGCACUGUGUUACUUCCUGAUAAACAGUCACUUGAAAUCAUGGAGCCAAAACCUCUUUGUUCGAAGGGCCAAACGUUAAAGGGGACAUAUUGCUUGAACUGUACCGCUGGAACAUUCCUGAAUAGGGAUACGGGAAAAUGUGAUGACUGUCCAAUUGGAACGUACCAAGGAUUAAAUGCACAGGAAACGUGUUUUACGUGCCCACCAAAUACCUCAACGAUUGAAAUCAGAUCUUUUAACAUAUCCAGCUGUUUAGGUUUUUGCAAAUCUGGUUCUUAUUCACCAACUGGCUUAGAGCCUUGUAUUGCUUGCGAGAAGGGAUACUAUCAAGAAAUGGUGGGGCAGAAGGCCUGUUCAAAAUGUGGUGACAAUGAAACAACGUCCUCCGCAGGUUCCAACAACUCUUCACAAUGUGGAAUUCCAUGCCCUGCUGGUUCCUUCUCUCCAACCGGGUUGCACCCGUGUACUUUGUGUGACAGACGAUCAUUCCAGCCACGAAGUGAGAGACGCACAUGUACUUUAUGCCCAGGAACAACUAUAGCUUUGAAGCACGGGUCAAUGAAAGAGCAGGACUGCAUAGAAAUUGACGAGUGCAAGUCGAACCCAUGCAACCACAACUCCACAUGUAUAGACCUCAUUGGUAAUUUCAAAUGCUCAUGUCAACCAGGUUACACCGGAAAACAGUGUGAGAUCAACAUUGACGAGUGUCAAAACCAACCUUGCGCCAACAAUGGCACGUGUCAUGACCUUGUAAACAACCACACUUGUUCAUGCAAGUAUGGUUUUGAGGGUUUUAAUUGUGAAAACGAUAUUGAUGAAUGUGUUCUUUCACCAUGUUCCAAUAAUGCCUCUUGUAUAAACUUUCCUGGGGGAUUCAACUGCGAGUGUGAGCCUGGAUACAUGGGAACCCUGUGCAACAUAGAUAUCGAUGAGUGUUUCAUAUCUCCGUGCAAGAAUGGGGGGACUUGCAGAGACGAAAUAAACAAUUAUCAUUGCAUCUGUCGGAUGGGUUACGAAGGGAAAGACUGUGACGAAAAUAUUGAUGACUGUGCGAGUAGCCCUUGUCAAAAUGGAGGAAAAUGCCUUGAUGGGAUCGCCAGUUAUCAAUGUGUUUGUCCUCCGGGCUUAAACGGAACAAAGUGUGAACAUAACAUAGACGACUGCCUGAGUGCAAAUUGUCAAAACAAUGCUACUUGUCUUGAUCAAGUGAAUAAGUUUUACUGCAUAUGCCAAAACGGUUUCACUGGAAACGCCUGUGAACAUGAAAUUGAUGAAUGCAACUCUGAUCCUUGCAAAAACCAAGCAAAAUGUGUAGACAAGCUUGAUGGCUAUUUCUGUGACUGCCGCGAUGGAUUUGAUGGAGUAAAUUGUGAGAAUAACAUCGAUGAUUGUGCUUUAAACCCUUGCUUGAACAACGGCUCUUGUUAUGAUGGUGUCAACAACUUCAGCUGCAUUUGCUCUCAAGGUUUCACGGGUAAAACUUGUGACGUAGAUAUCGAUUUCUGUGUUACCAUGCCCUGUUACAACAAUGGAUCAUGUUUGGAUGAUAUCACCUCAUUUAUUUGUAUUUGUGAGGACGGGUUCGAGGGGCAACAGUGUGAAAUCAAUGUGGAUGAAUGCAAGACAGCGAGUUGCUUAAACAACAGCACUUGUAUCGAUGGCAUAAACGAUUAUAAAUGUGCCUGUCCUGAAGGCUUUGUCGGUAUCCAGUGCGAAAUAAACGUUGAUGAUUGUCGGGAAAACCCAUGCUUGAAUGAUGGAACCUGCAAGGACUUGAUAAAUGAUUACCAAUGUAAGUGCAAACGAGGCUACUCCGGCAAAAACUGCAGUGUAAACAUUGAUGAGUGUGCCAGCUCUCCUUGUCAAAAUAAUGCAACUUGCAUUGACAAAGUUGGCAACUACACUUGUGUUUGUAUCGAUGGAUUCAGCGGACCUCUCUGUGAUGUCAACGUUGACGAUUGUUCGGUAAAUUUUUGUGGUAAUGGGUCUACCUGUAGAGAUGGAUUAAACAGCUACAGUUGUGACUGCGCACCCGGCUUCUUCGGUGAAUACUGCGAUGUGGAAAUCGAUGAGUGCGCGUCCUUCCCCUGCUACCACGGCGGGAAAUGUAAUGACCAGAUUGCUGGCUUUGUUUGCGUCUGUUCCGCUGGAUUUUCAGGUGCACAGUGCGAAGAGAACAUCGAUGAUUGUGCAUCCAGUCCCUGUAAAAACAAUGGCACCUGCCUAGAUCGUGUGGCAAACUACUCCUGUCAGUGUCCACUAGGAUUUAACGGAUCCAAUUGUGAAAACCGCAUCGACCACUGCAAAAAAGCAAACUGCACACAAAAUGGAUACUGCGUUAACUCACUUACAGGUUUCCUUUGUAACUGCAGCAGCGGCUACUACGGCAGAUACUGUGAGUUAGAAAUCGACGAGUGUCUGACAAAGCCAUGUUUUAAUAAUGCUACUUGUCAUGAUGCAAUAAACAAUUUCACCUGUUCGUGUACUGAUGGGUAUACAGGAAGGCUAUGCGAGAAAAACAUCGAUGACUGUGUUAAUAAUUUCUGCUUAAACAAUGCCACUUGCAUGGACCUUACGCUUGGUUACUGGUGUCUGUGCGCUGAUGGGUAUAAUGGGACAUUCUGUGAAACAGAAAUCGAUGAAUGCGAAUCUAAUCCAUGUAUUAACAAUGGAACUUGCGUGAAUCUAACACCAGGUUACAGGUGCCAAUGCCCGGAUCAGUUCAAUGGGGAAAACUGUGAAAACCUACUAGACCUAUGCUUAUCAUCACCAUGUCAACAUGGUGGAACGUGUAAAAAUGACAAAGUUGCAGGUAGCGUCAAUUGCUCGUGUGCUGUUGGUUUUACUGGAGCUCACUGUGAAGUGGACAUAGAUGAAUGUGCGUCAAAUCCUUGUAUGCCCAAUGCUUAUUGCAUGGACGAAGUGAAUGGCUACAGCUGUGAAUGUUACCCCUCAUACUCUGGAGACCACUGUGACAUAUUUCUUGGCAGUAACUUUGACCUGGUUUUCCGACGAAAGAGUGCAGACGAUAUGGUUUUACUAUCCGAUGGCAGCGAUACUCCCAGUAUGCGACAUUUCACUAUUGCUAUGUUUGUGCAAGUAAGCAAGCAAUACAAAUCAGGAACGCUGUUUACCUACAGUGUUCCUGGGAGGUCAAAAGAAAUUAUAGUUAUCUCGUUCACCGAGUAUAACGUAGAUUUUUUAAUUAAAGAUAUUGCAGUUAAGACUAAUUUUACUUUGGCGGACGAUCAGUGGCAUUUCUUUGGAGUAAUCUGGAAUGGACUUGCAGGCAAUGUCUCUAUGUUCAUAGAUGGACUAGAGAUGACACGAGAGACAGGUAUUUAUACUAACAAGACUAUUAGAGGGGGUGGUUGGAUUGCCCUUGGUCAGCGUUACCUCGCAGAUGAUAAUUCCCCACCGGCGUCGACGGCUUUCUACGGUACGAUGCACCAAGUAAAUGUGUGGAAUGCGCCAUCCACUGCUUUUCACAUGUGGAAUGCAGCCCACAACUGUACCUGGCCCAUUGCCGGAAGUUUGCGAGCAUGGAACAGCUUUUUGCUUGGAAUCAAAGGACAGGUGCAGAAGAGAUUCAAGACACAAUGCAAAGCUUUGGGCAUGUGCACAACCAACUGUUCACAUUUCCACCAAUGUGAAUCCCGCGCUGGUUACUACAGCUGUACUUGUGAGAAAGGUUUCACCGGUUACCACUGUAAUAUCAAUAUUAACGACUGCAACCCAAAUCCUUGUGUCCAUGGAAAGUGUGUCGAUGGAGUUGACAGUUUUGAAUGUACCUGCGAAGCAGGAUAUUGGGGAUCCUUCUGCGAAAAUGUUAUUACGAUACAAAAAGAGUGUCCAAAAUUGAGUCAGCCAAGCAGAGGAGAAAAAGAGUGUAAAAAGUUUUCUGGUAAAACGCUGUGUACCAUGUCUUGCGAUGAAGGUCACUCGUUCAGUGCUGAGGCAAUAACUACGUAUGCUUGCGGCCCUGAAACAGAAUGGAAAUGGAAUGGUUUUGAUAAUGUGUCAACACCUGUUUGUCUAAAUAAAGCGAAACCUCGAGAAAUAGAACAUCACUUCUCCAUUAGGUUUCCAGGGAUGCAGUGCAAAAACAUCGGAAGUCAUGACGCACUGCGAUUAGCAAUCGGGAAAGAAAUAAGUAACACCGUCAAAGCAAUUCCAGGAUGCCAAACUUGUCAGCUAAAGACCUUAACAGUUCCUGGGUGUGAUCUGACAGCUAGCCCUAAAAGAAGACGUUCCGUAGAUCUCUCACUGAAAGUUCAAUUCUCAUUGAUGAUUAAAAAAACUGUCGAUGUUUCUUCAUCGGAAGACAGUGUCGAUGAGAAAAGCGAAGCACUGUUGUUUCAGAUGCAAUACGUUGUUGCUGCAGGGAACUUUAUGAUAAACUUACAUGGACGUAACAUUACAGCCGAUAGAUCUUCGUUUGAACACAUUUCGUCAAGUAUUACAUGCGGUGCUGGUUACGAAACAGCCGGUAGUGGGGAGGAUUGCGUGGCUUGUCCAGUGGGAAAAUUCCGAGACGAUAACAGUCUCCGUUGUAACCUGUGUGAGAAAGGAAGUUAUCAAGACGAGGAAGGAAAGGCGAACUGUAAAACAUGCUCGGAAGGAAAAACAACUAAAUGGGCUGGAGCUACCUCCAGCAAAGAAUGCUACAAAGAAAAAAGUAUUUCCACCAAAAAGAAAGUCGAACCAGAUGAUAACGCCUACAUUUACUACAUCAUCGCAUCAGCAGGGGUGGCUGUGAUACUUCUCCUUAUCAUCAUUGCCUGGUACAGGUCACGCCAAUACUGUUGCUUCACCAAACCAGUAUCGACAAAUCACAGUCAUAGUUACCGGCCAGAUAACAAGGUAUCAGCCCUGUCACAUUGCAACCAAGCCUAUACUGGAAAUCCCUCCGAAGAGAAAUACUAUAAGCCACAGAGCGACAAGGAACAAGACCCAAUAUACGAUGAAAUAACAGACGGAAUAAACACAUAUGCCAGCCUGAAGUCCGCCGGAUUACAGAAGCGUGACAGUAGCCACUAUGCAGGGUUGUGUUACGCCCCUAAUUCAGUCUCUCAUUACCAAAACGUCCCCCCUUACUCAGCAUGAGGAGUUACGUUUGAGGGCAGUCAUCACUCGUUUUGUUGGAAUAUUUUAAGUUGUUAAAGCAGUCAGGAUAAGUGUCAAUUUUUAAAACACUACUUUAACUUCUCUAAGUUUUUGUUUUGUUUUUUUUUUUCUUUUUACCAAGUUAACCGUACUUUCCGUCUGGGAGUAAAAUUAUUUAUUCCUUGUUCAAAAUUCCACUUAUUGUCAGACCUGCGUCGCAUGUUUUGCUUAGACUUAUAACGCAUUUUUGUGUAGCAAAUCGAUAUUUCAAAGUGCCAUCAGCGCAGAAACUUCUUUUUUGGGCUCUACGUCGGCCUGCGCUGCUUUCCUGAAAGUGAAAGUGUUUCUGACAGGAAAUCAUAUGUUUCUUUUUUAAAAAUGUUGGAAUUAACCUAAUCAAGUCUGAAAAACAAGGGAGCUAAGGCCUAUAUUCUAGUGCCGCUUGUUUACAUAUAGAAGAAUGUGAUCGGAGAUAAAGCAUAGGAAAAAUCACAGUCAUAUUUUGGUCUUAAUCGAUUUAAUCAGUUUAAUCAACAUAUGUUCGGAUCCCCACUUAUGAUGAAGUUCUAAGCGGUACAGAGAGGAAACACAGGAGAAACAUCCUUUUCUAAUUCUACUACAAUUUUAGUUAAAAAAUGAAAAAAAUCUCGGUCGAUAACUGCUUUAAAUACAACGUAGUCGUAGAGUUAGUGCUGAUAAAGUGCCAAGUAUUCCACGUUCACGUCACUGCAAACAACGCUAAAGAGUAUCUCAGCCUAAGUUGUUUGAGUCCUUGUUACUUCAGAUGAUGGCUUCAGCUUAUUUUCGUAAUGCUAAGACUGCUUUUAUUAGACAUGCAAAGUAGAAAUCUAUUGAGUAGUAGUUUGAUAGUUCUUUAUUUUUCACUGUCUCGAGAGUAGGUUUGGAUAUGAAAUGAAGUUUCAAUAAAGGCGCUAGAUGUGAUACAUCAA